UUUAUCUAGAAAAAUGGGUAAAAACAAGGUCAACAAAAAGACUGAGGAAAAGAAGAAGGAUAAGGUCUUCGACGACAAGACCUUCGGUAUGAAGAACAAGAAGGGAAAGAAGCAACAGAAAAUGAUCAAUAUGAUCGCCCAGCAGGUAUAUAAGGAAGAUCCUAAGAAGAAAGCUCUCCAGCAACAACAAGCCAAACAGGAGAAGAAAAAGAAGAAGGAGACAGAUGCUCUCCUUGGCUUCCUCCAGAAGUCCCUAGGUACUGCUAAGAAGGAAGAUAAGAAAGCUAAAGACGACAUGACUGAAGAAGAGAAAAUUGCUGAUGAUAAAAUAGCCAAAAUUAAUAUUUAUGUUGAUCCUAGGGAGCCUGAUCCAACACGAUCUCCUAAAAUUUGCGAUGCUUUUCUCGACGCAUGCGAGAAAAAUGUCUAUGGAUGGCAGUGGACUUGUCCCAACGGCGGUAUCAAAUGCGGAUACAGUCAUUGUCUGCCAGAAGGAUACAUGCUCAAGUCCACAAUGGAAGCAUUAAUGAGGAUGCAGCAGGAAGAUGAUGAUGACAAGGCCCUCGAAUACAAAAUAGAAGAAGAAAGAGCUAAACUGAAUGUUGAGAAAUGAAUCCCUGUCACAAAGGAGACAUUUGAGGAGUGGCACGAUAAAAUGAUUAAGAAAAGAAGGAAGAAUGAUAAAGAAGAAGAGAAGAAAGUCAGAGGAGUCAAGGGCGGAAAGGAUGUCUACCUCACAGGAAGACAACUCUUCAAAUAUGAUGAAACACUCUUCAAGAAUGAAGAAGAUGAUGGCUCUGACGACGAAGAAGAAAAGUACGAGAAGAAAGAGCAAGAUGAAGGAGACGUCAGAGAAAUCACAUUUGGAAUUGAUGAAGAAGAAGCAGAGCUUGAUAAAGAAAUCGCCAAAGCUAAAGGCAUGAAAAUCGAAGAAGACCUGUUUGAUGAUGAGGAUGACGCGGAUGAUGUUGACCUUGAUGACCUGGAGUAGUAGAAAAUAACCCUUAAUCAAAUUAGUAAAGGAUUUAUACAACAAAGGAGGGUUUUUGCAAAGCUAGGGCCUUUAUAGAAUCCCAUAUUUUAGGUUGAAACU